UGCCAUACCCAAGCCCCGCUCUAUCUUAUCUAAAUUCCACCUUAUUUUAUUUUUUUGACCCUUUAAUCUCUUGAAUAAAGGGUUUUUUUUUCUUACCAACUUUCUUAAAUCAAAUUCUUGAUUUUAAUCUACUUCUUUUUUUCCAUGGCAACAAUUGUAUGUAAAGGUUUGCAAUCUUGCCUUGAGCCACAAGUUAUCGAAUCUCUCGUUGUUUCAGAAACCCUAGUCCUGGUACCACAACCAGAUAUUCAAGAAACUAAAAAUGUUGAAAAGAAGAAAAAUGGGUGGAGUUUUUUAAAAGUUCUUGAUAACCAAACAAAAAUGGAUUCCAAAAAUAAUGAUAAUUUUGAUCACCAAAACGACGUCGUUUAUGUUCAUCCAAUGACGAAACGCAAUGCGUCAGCAUUGAGUACUAAAAGCUUGGAAAUGUGUACGGAAAGUUUAGGAAGUGAAACGGGUAGUGAAAGUGGUGAUGAAUUUUGUGUUCUUUCGGUCGAGGAACGCGAGCGGUUGAGAAGCAUUCAUAGGUCUAAGUAUAACCGGAAUUUUGACCGGAAAGUACGUCGGAGUGAGUUUCCGCCGCCGUUGACUUCCAUCAGUGGGUCUGAUGGGUCAGUCAAAGUAAGACAUCAUAGGGAAGGUGGGAGGUUAGUUAUAAAAGCAGUUAGUGUUUCUAACUGUGAGACAAAUUUCCAAACUGAACGUAUCAAUGGAAGACUAAAACUUUCAUUGUUGAGGGACUGUUUUGAAAAUAAUGAAAGUGGAAGGGUAGAAAGUGAAAAUUAUGAAAAAGGUGGUGAAGUGGAAUCCGAGAGUGAAUAUGAGGUUGUAGACGAGGACGAGAAGGAAGAGGAAAAUGAUAAUGAUGAUGAUGUGGCAGUGGCGGAUGAUGAGGUGGAGGAUGGUGGUUGUGGUGGCGAAUGGCGGUGGGACAUGGACGGAAACCGGUGGCGAAUUGCCGGAAAAGGAAAGUUGAAAAUGGUUACUAGGUGUAAGGAAGGUGGAAAUGGGAACAAAGUAUUGACAAAUUGGGCUUCAUCUUGGGUGGCAAUUUCUUGAAAAAUAAACAUAAUUAAAAAUAAAUAUUAGUUAUUGGAAUCUUGAGAAUUUUUAUAUUCUCAAUUGAUAUUAUGAUUUUUAUGGGGUGGUUUUCCUCAAUGUUUAUGAUUGUUUUUGAUAUCCUAUUCAUAGGGUAUUUCUAAUAUAUAUAGUUGGUAGUUAUUAUGGUUAUUGGAAA